AUGGGUUCUAAAGUUUCAAAAUUAUUGGAAGAAUCAGCAAAAGCAAAUUCAAAAGAAAUUAAUCUAAAAGAACAUACUUUAAAACAUAUACCAAUUGUUUUAUGUACAAAUUUUAGUUAUAUUGUAAAAUUAAAUUUAAAUGAUAAUUUAAUUAAAGAAAUACCAGCGGAUAUAUAUAAGUUAAGGGCACUAAAGAUACUAUGGGUAAAUAAUAAUAGAAUUACAAGUAUACCGGAUGAAGUAGGUUUAUUAUCAGAGUUAGAAGACUUUCAAGUUGAUGGUAAUAAUAUAGUUAGAAUUGGAAGGGUGUUUUUCGAAUUAAAAAAGAUAACAGACUUAUCACUCUCAAAGAACCAUUUGAAGGAGAUUCCAACUGAUAUUAGCGAUUUCAAGACCUUAAAGUCAUUGCAUUUGGAACAAAAUCAAUUAACAGCAUUGCCAGGAUGUUUGUCAUCAAUGUCACAAUUAAGAACAUUAAAUGUGGGUCAAAAUCAAAUUGAAUAUAUAUUUAAUGAUUUUUCAAAUAUACCAUCAUUAACAGCCCUUACAUUAUUUGCAAACCGUUUGAACAAUCUACCUGAUAACUUUGGUCGUUUAGCAAAUUUAGCAAAUCUUAAUCUUCGUAGUAACAAUCUUUCAACUCUACCAGAUUCAUUCCAUCAAUUGAAGUCAUUAACAACUCUUUCACUAUGGGAUAAUCAGUUUGAAGUUUUUCCAAUUUCGUUGUGUGGUUGUUCUAGUCUUACCGAGCUCAGUUUUAGUAAUAAUGGUCUUGUAACUAUACCACCAGAAAUUAAAAAUUUAACAAAACUUAGAAAGCUUUAUCUUCAAUACAAUCAAAUCGAAACCAUACCAACAGAAGUACGUUACCUUGUAAAUUUAAAUCAUCUAUUAUUGCACCAUAAUCGCUUAACCCAAAUUCCAUGUGAAAUAUCUGUUCUAUCAAAAACAUUAGAUUCCAUCAAUCUUAGUGGCAAUCCAUUGCCUACUAAAAUACUUCAAAGUGACCAACAAUCAUUAAUGCGUUAUCUUUUGGCAGAACUUAAUAUUCGUCGUGAUGUAAGUGCUAGAUUAAUUCAAAGACACUAUAGAGUAUGGAAGAAACAGUUCAGAUUUAGAAAUGUAGUAUUUGCAUUGAUAGAGACCAAUAAAAUUCAAAAGAAUAUUGUUAUAGCGAAUCAAACAGCGAAAAUUAUUCAAGCAGCAAUUAAAAUUCAAAGAUGGUAUCGUUCACGUAAAAUAUUAAACAUUUGGUAUGAAUUGGUUUCAAAAGUUUGUUUAUUAUUAAUUGUAAAUAGUCCAACUCAAUCAUUAUCAAAUAUCAUUGAAAAUAAUAACAACAAUGGAAACAACAAUGGUGGUUCAUUAACCCGUAGUGCAAGUAAUGUAAAUAGUUUAACAAGUUCACCAAAAAUGAUAUCACAACGUAAACAAAGCCAAAGAAAUUUCCUCCGUGAACAUAAAGAUAUUCGUGAAUUAGAAGAGCUUUCAAAUGUCGAAUCUGAUCAUGACUCUGACGAGGAAGAAAGAAAAUUACGUGAAAUUAAAGAGCAAAAAGAGUUAAGAGAGAUUAAUUUCUUGGGAGAACAGUUUUCAAUUGGUAAUAUUAGUAGUGGAAGUUUGGGUAGUUUAGUAAGUGCUUUCAAUGGUGCAUCCUCCACCUCAUCGGUAGUAGCAUCUGCAACAGAAGAAAACACUAUCGAAAAGAAAUUAGAAAAACAAAAGAAUGAAAAAAAGAAACACCAACAAAAGAUUAUUAGUGGUAGAUUGGGCUCAUUGUACGGAUUUGAAGAGCCUGAUAUUCAAGAUGUUAAUAUCAUCUAUCAAGAUUCAAUUAUCAAAGCUGCAACAGUUCCAAAGUUAAUUGAACAUCUCUGUAAUAUAGAUUAUACUGAAGAAGGUUAUUCCAGAUAUUUCUUUGCAACCUAUCAAUCAUUUAUUAAGGCAGUUGAGCUUUUCCAAUUGCUUUGUGUACGUUAUCACAUUGAACCCCCAAUGCAUGCAAGUGCUUUGGAGUUGGCUCAGUUUAAGAAGACCAUUAAGCCCCGUAUUCAAGAGCGUGUCAUUGAUUUAAUGGGUUACUGGAUACAAAAUCAUUUAACCAAUUUCCAAGAUGAUCCAAGAUUGUUAAGAAACUUUAAUCAAUUCAUUUCAAAUACUCUAAUGUUGGAAAAAGAAACCUCUGCCAGAAGAUUAAUUGCAAUCUUUAACGAAACCAAAAAGAAACACAUUGAUAAUUUAGCAGAGCUCAUAAAGUUAUCUCAAAACGCACCUAAACCAAUUUUACCACUCAGAACACCAGAUGGAAGUGAUUUCACAUUAUUGGAUAUUUCAUCAAUUGAAAUUGCUCGUCAAAUGGCAUUAAUUGAUCAAACUUUAUUAUCUAAAAUCACAGCAACAGAAUUACUCUCAAAGAAAUGGAGUAAGUGUACAGACGAGAACCAAAAAAUUUGUCCAAAUAUUUUGACUAUGAUCGGUAUCUUUAAUCAAUGUUCCAAAUGGGUCAGUUCAGAGAUUGUAGGUGAAAGAUCAUCAAAGGUCCGUAUCAAAAAAUUAAAGUUCUUUAUUAAAAUUGCUCAACACUGUUAUGAUAUGCAAAAUUUCAAUGGUUUAAUGUUAAUUAUUAGUGGUCUUAGUUGCAGUUCGGUGACCAGAUUAAGAGGAACAUGGGGUGCACUAUCAAGUCAUCGUCGAGAAAAGUUUGAUCAAAUGGAGCGUUUCGUUAAUAUGGAGGGUAACUUUAAACAGUAUCGUAUGCUUCUAAGUGAAAUUAAUGGUACACCAUGUAUUCCAUUUGUCGGUCUCUAUUUAAUGGAUCUAACCUUUAUAGAUGAAGGUAAUCCAUCUUAUAUUGGUGUUGACCUUGUAAAUUUUGUAAAGAAACGUUUAGAAGCCAAUUUAAUAUUAAGAUUCCUUUCAUUCAAAAAUGUACCAUAUUGUUUCGAACCUGUAGCAUUCAUUCAAAAUAUGAUUUUAGAUUCAAGUCCAAUGUCAGAAAAAGAACUGUACGAUAAAAGCGUUGCCAUUGAAAAAAGACAUAUUAGGAAGAUUGCAAAAAAAGAGAAUAGAGAAAAGAAUAAAUUAACCACAAGCAGUGUAGGUGAUUUAGCUACAUUAGCCACACCUUAUUCACCAAAAGAUACAAGUAAAACAACAUCACCAAAAUUAUUAUCAGUAAGCCAUGAUCCAACUAUAGAGUUAAAUGAAAGAAGAUUAAAGAGAAAUGAUACAUUAAAUGGUUCGUCACCAGCAACAUUCUUCCAUCAACAAUCACAUCAACAAUCUCAUUCAUCACCAACAUUAGGUUCAGCUACUCACACAACCGUUUCAAAUAAUACAAUCUCUUCAUCGAUGGCCUCAAAAGAUAAUACCUUUGGAGCUUCUUUAUCGAUUUCACCAAGACCAAAAAUUCCAAUAUUAAACUUUAGUGUUUCAACAUCAAUUAGCCGUGGAUCAUCUCCAAACUCAUCACCACGUGUACAACAGCAACAUGCUCAACAAACAACUCCACCACAACAAAUUACUCCUUCAUCAACACCCACCAAACCAUAUCAUCAUGUAAAUAUUGAAAAAGUUAAAUUAAAUAAUAAUGGUGCUCCAUUAAGUGAUAGAUCCCACAACAAAGAAAAUAAAAUUUCAAAAAUUGAGUUGGGUGGUCAAUUAAAAAAUUCAAUUUCAAAUCCAUACAUUUCAAAUGCAGGUAACACCAACGGCACAACAUCACCAACCCUAUCAUCGCUCCCUACUUCAAAAAAAACAAGUAACCAAAAUACAAGUAUGAGCCAAUCAUCAUCACUAUCAUUUUCAAGUAAUUCACAAAACUCAUCAAGAGAUAGCAGUGCCCUCAAUUCCCCAAGACAAAUUCAACAACAAAAUUCAUCUGGUUAUUUUGGAUCAAUUCCAAUUCAACCUUCAUUUUAA